UUUCUCCCACGCACCUCUCAAAUUCAUCCCCCACUGAUGUUUUUUGGCAGCCUGUCAUUCUCGAUUAUGUCCUUGAAGAGCACCAAACCUCGAGUUCCUCAGGCGUGACGUGCUUCAUGGUAGUCUGACCCUCGAGAUUUGGCUGCAGCCCCUAGUCCGGACGUUACUAGAGACGAAUAUCUUCGGGUGACCACCUUGGUAAUCCCUUGUCGUCGUUUUCGCUACGUGCCUAUCGCGGGUAACCAGAUCUGGGUCAUCGCGUUUUUUUCGCGCUGGCGAUUCCAUGGCUCUCCCCGAGUAUGUUUCGCAUGCCUGCUUCCCUUGGGAAUCGUCCUUCGAUCCUAGAGAGAGUCUCUUCACGAACAGCAAGUCGCAUUUUUUUCCGCGGGCUGGCGCGCUGUCAAAAGCCGGGCAGCAAUCACAACUGCUUGAGGGCAGCGGAAGACAGGGUUCUGGCGUCGCAGUCCUGCCCCACAGGCCUCCGAUGAAUUCGUUUUCGUUCCGCCAGCAGAUAUACUACAGAGUCGGUGCGAAAUGUUUUAAGCCGGGCAGCUUCCGACUCUUCUGGAGCCGCUCGGGCAAAGGUUUAAAAAGCCAUUCCUGCCCGUCGGCUUUGUCCCCCCUUCCGACAACCCCUCUGAGGAGUCCUCGCUCUCUCCUCUGCCUGCUCUUCUCUCUCUCCGACAGAGUCCGAGUCUGGUACAAAUCCGAAGUCCCAUUAUCCCAUCUUCAGAUUCCUGCAGCUUGUUCAGUCGAAUCACUUUCCAGCAAACUCCUGUUCGCAGAACCUCUACUGUCUGUCACUCUACGCUCACAGCUUUCGGCUUUCAGCUUUCUCAGCUUUCCUUAGCUGUUUGCAUGGCAUCCUAUGACUACCCUUCGGUUUCUGAAGCCCGUCGCAUGUGGGAGCUCCGAUGCGAGGUCCAGAAGCAGGUUGUGCAGCUGAGCUCGUCAACUCGGGGUUCAGCGAGACCCAACCACAGCAGCACCUGCAGCAACGUCACCUCCAACGAGACAGCCUCCUUGGAGGUGAGGUCUCGGACUUCGAGCAGCAAUGACUCCAGCGGCGUCAACUGCAAUGAUGGCGUCACCGACGUCAGCUGCUACAGUGACUCUAACGACAGCAAUGACAACGAGGUCAGCUGCAGUGAGAAAGCUGAAGUGAGCAGCGCUGCUGACAGCAACUAUAUCAGCAGUGUGAUUCCGUUGAGUGACACAUCCAGCGUUGUCAGUGACGUCAGUUGCUGUGACAACACGUCAGACGAGGUCAGCGUCGUCAACAGCAGUGAUGCCGGCAGCAGUGGUGUCAGCAGCACCAGUGACGUCACCUCGCCAAACCUGACUACAGUGGAGGUUCCUGUUGUGAACGCGACUUCAAGGACGACUAAGUCUGCUGUAAGCAGCAAGUCAAGAGCGGCGAGAGCAGCAACAGCAAGUGCAAGGCUGCUGCCGUCCCUCAUCCCCAAGCCAAGAGCAAUCGUAAGGGUCGCUCCUGCAGUGGAGCAGCCAUGUGACGGAAUGCUGGAUGCGGUAUCCCAGCCUGCAGUCACUGAAAGUAGCAAAGCAAGGCUUCAUCAGGAGAAGAAGAGCAAUACGGGAUGCAGAGGAAGGCAAUCAGCCAGGACGACAAGAGGAGCAGCAGAAAGGCCUCACUGGAGGCCUUGAUAACUGCCAGCGGUGGAGGCAGAAAGCACUUCAUCAUGAGCUGAUGGUGGAGCACAGAGCAGCCAAGCCAAAUGUGGUCAAGGGGUGUGUGUUAGGGGAAUCUGAUGAUUACGGCAGCACCUUUUGUCAAACAUGUGUAUCUCUAAUGUUUGUAUAGACUGUAUAGGGUCACCUCGUAGAGGGUACAACAUGUUGGAAAUAUCU